AUGAACUAUUGGGACCGGUUCAAGGUGUACAAGGCAUGGGUCGUCUCGAAGCAGAUGUGCCAUGACCGCGGGUACCUCGUGACACAAGACAUGAUGGAGAUGCCCUAUGAUCGGUGGGAGGAGAUGCACGGCGACAAAAUCAGAAGGGAGCUGUCCUACUACGUGCGCAAGGACUCUGGCGACCCAACAGGUUUGCUGGUGUACUUCCCAGUGGAGCCAGAUGUGUCAACAGUUCUCAUCAAAAGCUUGCACGAGAGGAUCACAAAGGAAAACUCCAAGCGAGUCAUCAUUGUUUACAGAGGCAAACUGGCUGGCGCAGCACGGAAGGCGAUGGAGGUACUGAAGGAUAGCGGGUUUGUGUUUGAGGUCUUCACAGAGGCAGAGCUGGCCAUUAACGUCACCCGCCACCGCUUGGUGCCAAAACACGACGUGUUGACGGAGGCGGAGAAGCAGCAGCUGCUUGACCGGUACUCCAUCACGCCCGACAAGCUUCCCAUCAUGCAGGAGGUCGACCCCAUCGCACGCUACUUUGGCCUCAGCCACGGACAGGUGGUCCGCAUCACGCGCACGAGCGAGACGGCUGGCCGCUACGUCACAUACCGAAUCGUCAUGCGCGAAAUCUAA